AAAUGCGACCUUAUUUCCGCUGGUUUUUAGGGAUAGAACGAAUGUAUCCUUCACAGCUUUGGCUAUCCCAAGAUUCAUUGUGCGCCUGUAACGGCUUGAAAUUUUAGUUAAAUAAAAGUAUGUUAUUCUAAAAACGGUCCAUUUCAGUGUUUUAAUAUGAUAUAUGAUGCUGUUAAUUAACAUUAUUGUGUUUUACAUUUAUAAGGUUGGUUAAUUUAAAAUACCGUUGGGCUGUUUUAAUCUACAUAAACGUGUCAAUGCUCUAAAAUAAAAUGUCAUUUUUCUGGCUCCGCAUUUGUUUAAAAAAAAAACAGAAACGUCUCUGCUGUGUGCUGCUGCUGUCAUCACGCAACAUGAGCAGCAGGUGACGCAAUUAGGAGCUCCUCGGCGAGGCUAGGGCGUCUCAUUUCAGUUCGCUACUUGGGCGUUUGAGGCUGCGUGCUUUGAAGAACAAGUCCUUGUUUUAAAUCCGCAACCUUAGAAGGUUGCAGCCCCCGAAUUGGGACACAGCUAUUGUUUGCGUUUCUCGGUCGGUGACCUGCCAGAGUUCUUAAAGUCAAAGCGGUCAUUCCGAACGCGGAGGAUUGUGAUCUUAAACUCGGUUGCAACUAGCAUCAGUUAUGGGGAUGUUUAAUUUACAGCAGAUUAAUCUAGAUAUUAACACUGACUGGAGAUUAGCGUUUACAGCCACAGCUUGCGUCGCAGGUGCGUUAAUAUUCUUCAAGAAAAGCAUCAACAGUCGGAAAAUUCAGAAGAAAAUACUGAAGGCACGGCAAAGACGAGAAAAAUCAUUUCAUGAUGCUUAACAAGCUUUGCAGCAAUUUAAAAAGACGAACCCUGACUUUAAGAGCAGUUCCAUAGUCUCUCUGUCUUUGCCUGAUCUCACUGGAAAACUCAAGGAUGGAGCACUGGAGCCAGAUGCCGUGCUUUACGCCUUUAUGGAAAAGGCUCUGCAGGUGAAUGACAAACUGAAUUGCAACACCGAGAUGCUGAUGGGUGCCGUGGAGCAGCUUAAAAACAUUGACACUCAUAAGAAUGGGCUUCUGUACGGCGUACCAAUCAGCAUCAAGGAUAAUCUAGGAUAUACGGGUCAUGACUCUACAUGUGGAGUUCUGUGUAAGUUGGAUCAGCCUGCUGUUAUGGACAGUGUGGUUGUUGCUGUGCUGAAGAGACAGGGUGCCAUUCCUUUCGUCAAGACAAAUGUGCCGCAGGGUCUUCUGAGCUAUGACUGCAGUAACCCCAUUUAUGGACAAACUAAGAACCCCUUCAACCUUCAGAAGACCUGUGGAGGUUCAUCCGGAGGAGAAGGGGCUCUAAUUGGUGGAGGCGGGUCCAUCCUGGGUCUGGGGACUGACAUUGCAGGGAGCGUUCGGAUCCCAGCAGCCUUUUGUGGGAUUUGUGGACUUAAGCCCACAUCAAACAGGAUAAGUUUGCGUGGAGCCAGUUCUUGUGCCAGAGGCCAGAAAUCAGUGUUGUCGUCGAUCGGCCCCAUGGCGAGGGAUGUUGAGAGCUUGGCAUUCUUCAUGCAGGCGCUGCUCUGUGAGGACAUGUUCACCUUGGACCCCACUGUCCCUCCCAUACCAUUCAACCGCAAGGUGUAUGAGAGCUCAGAGCCCCUGAGGAUUGGUUAUUUUGAAACAGACGAUUACUUCCAGCCGUCUCCAAGUAUGGUCAGGGCCUUCAGGGAAACCAAGGACCUCCUGGAGAAAGCAGGACACACGCUGGUCCCGUUCAAAUUUCCACGGGUCUUCAACGCCGUGCAUGAUAUGAUUGUGAAAGGAAUUCUAGCUGACGAAGGUGCGACCCUCCUCAAACAUAUGGAAGGGGGGCAUAUUGACCCAACACUUCGAGCUCAGAUAAAACCAUACAGGCUCCCAAAGUUUGUCAAGACGUUUCUUUCCGUUAUUCUCAAGCCUAUUUUUCCACGGAUGUCUGCAGCCUUGAAUUCAGUCUGUGGAGUGAGGUCAAUAUCAGAAUUAUGGGAACAACAUGCAAAAGUGGAGGAUUACAUUCAUGAGGUGGUAGCAGAUUGGAGAAGACUAAAUCUGGAUGUUCUGCUGUGCCCUAUGCUUGGACCAGCCUACAAUUUCUUCUUCUGUGGCAAACUCACCAGUGUUCUGAGUAACACCGGCCUUUUUAACCUGCUGAAUUUCCCAGCUGGGGCUGUGACCGUAUCCACAGUGACAGAAGAGGACGAAGCGCAGCUUAAACAGUACAAGGGUUGCUUUGGUGAUAUGUUGGACAAACUCUUUGUAAAGGCAAUGGAAGGUGGUGUGGGUCUUCCUGUGGCAGUGCAGUGCGUGUCUUUGCCGUGGCAGGAUGAAAUGUGUUUACGUUUCAUGAGAGAAGUAGAGCAGCUCACGGCCAAUAACAAACACACCAGACGACAUUAGAGACUGAACAUCAGUACAUUGUCUACCAAAGUGGUUCUCAAACUUUUUUGUUGUAAGGCUUCCUUCAUUAGUUUAACAGAUUACAAAACUAAAAUUGUAUUUAAUACAAAGAUGAUGAUGAUGAUGAUGAUGAUGUUUACUACAAAUGGGAGAUUUUGUGCUGAAUAAUCAAGAAAAAGCAGCCAAUCAGAGCUCGGCACAGAAAGUUUUUUUAUACACUUUAAAAAGCAUCCCAGUGUGAGACCUCAAGAAGCUGCUUAAUGAAAUGAAAAAAAUGUUUUGCACAUUCUAGGUAAAGGAUGCUAAAAUAAUUCUUCUAAUGUUUUUAUAAUUAUAUAAUUACAAUAAUUCUAAAAUGUGAAAAUACUAAUAAGUGAUUAAUUCAACUUGUGAAUGGCAGUGUAAUUGUUUACUGUUUAACUGUUUACAAUCUGAAAUAAAUUGGAACUGGAAUUGAAUCUAUCACAGCUUAGUU